CUCUCUCUCUUUCUUUCUUUUGUGGCGAAGCGGAGCGGAGAUAGAAGGAAAGCGGCCGAAGAAAUCCCCCGUUUGCUGGACCGUCGGCGGAGACGGAGGAAGAGCGGAAGGGCACCCCCCCCUCGCCCCGCCCCUUUAUUCUUCUUCUUCUACAAGUCGAAUCCCGGCCGCUAGCGCGGUCUCGCUCCAAGUGGUAGCUCCUCGGAUCGACCGCUUGGUUCAUCUUUGGAUCCAGGGCUUACAGAUCCGCCCCCUUGCAUGCGCCGCGAUGGCUUCUUUGUACCCUGGUCAUGUCGGUGCCGUCCAGGUCGGUGCUUAUUUCUUGGAGCAAUACUAUCGGAUUCUUCAGCAGCAGCCGGAACUAGUUCAUCAGUUCUACACGGACGUGAGCUCCAUGGCGCGAUUUGAUGGGACUGCCACGGAAACAGCUACGGGGAUGGUGCAAAUCCAUCAUCUAGUUAUGUGCCUGAAUUUUAAUGGGAUUGAGAUUAAAUCAGCUCAAUCUUUGGAGUCUUGGAAUGGUGGAGUUUUGGUGAUGGUUUCUGGUUAUGUGCAGCUGAAAGAGUAUAGUGUCAGGAGGAAAUUUGUGGAAACAUUUUUUCUUGCUCCUCAGGAGAAAGGGUACUUUGUUCUCAACGACAUUUUUCACUUACUUGAGGAGGAACAUAUUCAUCAGCACCCAACAGUCAUCUUGGCUCAUAGCAAUCUUGACACCAACUUAAAUGCACCCAGUUCUGUACCUGAAACAGUUUCUGACUACAUUCUGGAAGAACAAGUUCAGUCUCGGGAUUUGGUGCCCUCAUUGGAAGAAAAUGACACAGUUGAGAAGUAUAGCAUACCUGAGGCACUGCAGCAACUUCCAGAAUCUGAUGAAAGAGUAGACGAGUCUCCUGUUGAAGAUGCUGCUUCAUUUCCAAGUGCCUUGGAUACUGCAAGAGAUCCACCCCUUGCCACUCCAGAGGAACCUGUUGAGGAGCCAACUCGGCAGACCUAUGCAUCCAUUCUUCGUUCUAAAGGCCAAUCUGGACAACCUAUGCCACAUACAACAUCUUUAUCGAAGCCCAGUCAGGUGGCCUCAGAAUGGGCUCCUUCCUUGCAGCCAACUUCUCAACGACCACAGCCUGCCUUGGUUUCUGAAAGGUCCAUCUCAGAGGCAGCUGAGGAGGCUCCAUUAGUUGAAGAUGAAGGUGAAGCAAGAUCAGUUUAUGUGGGAAAUCUCUCUUCAUCUAUUUCAGUUGUGGACCUUGAGCAAGUCUUUAAGAACUUUGGUAGACUAAGGCCUGAUGGUGUUUCUAUUAGGAGCCGCAAGGAGUCUGAUGUUUUCUAUGCCUUCAUUGAGUAUGAAGAUGCCAUUGGUGUACAUAAUGCACUUAAGGCAUCUCCAAUACAGUUGAAUGGGCGGCUGAUUCAUGUUGAGGGGAGAAGACCGAACAGUGGGGCUUCACGAGGAAAAAGGGGCAGAGGAAGAGGAGGAUACCCAUCCGAGACCUCAAGGGGGCGUUUUGGUGGCCGGAUGUUUGGUCGGGGCAGCAGGCAAGACACCAACGAGAGGGAUUAUAACAGCCGAACGAGGGGAAAUGGCUACCCCCAGCGAGUUCAAGAAAGGGGAUUUUAGAUGCUGCAGCUAGCUCUAAAGCACUAGCACAAUCAAUGGGAAGCCUCAAUAGACUCCCAUUGUGUGGGAAAUAUUAACAUCUCCUUUUCGAGGUGUUUUCCUACCAUAAAUCUGAAAUUAGUUCUAUACUUUUUCUCGGAUUGGCAAUUUAUGAUUCCUAUUCCAUGGAGUGAGUGCCCUUUUGAUAAACUUGCAUUCAGGAGCAUCAUGAAGAGGUUUUUUGUGUCUCUCUAGUCUCUCUCUAAUUCUCUCUUAGCGAGUAUCUUUUGGAGUUACAUGGUAGUUUAAUACCAUAGGUUGUCAGAGUCUCUAUGUUACAUUACCCAUAAAAGCAGUUUCAAUUGCUACA